AGCUACACUUUUAUUAGUAUUAUGCUAUUAGUUAAAUUACAGUGGUGGCUGCAAAUAAUAGUUUCAGACCUCUCCAAUAACCCCAAAGCGUUUUAAAGUCCAAAAGUCAACAUUUGUUGAAAAAUAAAUAUUUAAUAAUUUCCAAAAUGCACAACAUAUUUUGAUCUGACAGAAUGUUCUGCUUCAGUGCAUAUUUGUUGGCUCUUCCGACUGCGGCACAAAAAAAGGAGGCUUGCACCUCAAAUAACUAACCGCACAAAUAUUAUAACAUUUGUACAACCACAAAAACUACACAUCUAUUUAACCUCUAACACCAUCAUAGUUUGCUUAUUUACAUGUAUCUGCAUUUUCUCAGCGCCCCAUUAAGGCGUCAUCACUUUAUACUAGUAUGACAAAUGUGGAAAAAACACCCGUUUUAAAGCUUUUCAGUUGAAUAAAUCAAAUAGAACAAAUGUAUUUAAAAAAAGGAUUUUGUUAAGAGUUUUUAUGACAAUGGAGUUAUAAAAUAUACCGACAGACAUUUGAAACUUAAAUUGUUAUUUAUCCGCCAUUUUUCUUUCUCUACAGGAGAUACAAACUUUAUAAUUUUGGACUAAAUGUGUUACUUUUCAUUUCAAAUAGUUUUGGCCCCAGAAUAAAUUGAUAUUAGGUGUAUAUCAGUGUUAUACGUUUUUCUGAGUUUAUGUGUAAACUGGAUCCAAGAUGCAGGAUUUUGUCCCUGGACCCCCAAGUGAGUAUUUCAUGUUUUUGUUACUGUAUAAAAGGCAUCAGGUUACUGGAACACAUAGAAGCUGUAUAGGGAUAUGUGGAUUUUAUGUCAUAUAUUAUUCUUCAUACGCACAAGCAGUGUUAUGCAGCAAUUAUUUUUUUAAUGAAUUUCUUUAUCCUGCAGUGUUAAACAAAUAUGGUUCCUGCUGCAUUGUGUUGGAAAUCAACAUAAAGUGCCUCCAAUAGUGUAUUAAAUAUUACAAAUGGUGAUAAACUAAAAAAAAAAGGCUUUCAACCAAUUUACACAGUCUUCAUCAAUUGAAAUGACACAUUUUAUAUAACAGCAUAGCACACGCAAUUUCUUGUUUCAAGGGAACAGGAACGUGACCUGUUUCCAAGGUCAAUAAUGUCAGUUUAUUAAGAUGUUAUAUAUGGUUAAAUAUGAUGUAGGCCUACUAAAACCGCUUUUUUGUAUAUUAUAGAUAUGGUUAUUUUCUUAAAUGUUUCCUUUGGACUAUUCAUUUGGAAAAUAUUCUUGUACUAUUAUUGUAUUACUUAUUAUGGGGAUAACACUUACUUUAAUCCCUAUUAUAUUAAAAUAUGUGUUCAUUUAACUUUUCUUUACUGAAACCAAUUAAAAACAUCCUGCAGCAUCAGUUUCCUUACAUGACCUCAAUCAUUACGGCCCGUCGUGAAAAAUGAUUGACAUGAAAACCAACCAAUAAUUAAAAAAGGUCAAAGUAUUGACAGAAGGUUUUGUCCAAUCAGGUUUUGGAUUAAAACGAGUAGGUGGGGUUUACGAUUGGUGCGUUCGUUACAGCACCUCGGCUGAGCCCGGUUCUUGGGCGUACAUUCAUAGAUGGUGAAAUUCACUCUCCGGGAGUUCUUUCAUGGUUGAAAAACGGUCACUUUUAAACACAAUGGAGUGUUUUUAUUGAAUCAAACUACCUGUGUUGAUUUGACUAUUUCCUGGAACCUGCCCGGAAGCUUGAUUCGACCCUCAUCACAUGGACAGCAGUCACCCGGGUCCGGACAAACCUAAUGCACCCGCUGGCCGUGUUUUGUUGUUUUCCAGCGGGUUGUAUCGUGUUGGCCUGUCAAACUAACCGUGUGACUUUUGCUGGAAACGACGAGACUGGAUUAUCAGGGAUGCACAUGACUAAAAAGACCAGGAACACAAUGAAACCUCCAUCACAGUCACCUCCUGUAAGCAGUUUAGUAUUUGAUGGCGUCUACAACAAUGCCAGAAUGCUCCAUUUCCUCACAGCAGUGGUGGGCUCCACCUGUGAUGUGAGAGUGAAAAACGGCGCAGCCUACGAGGGAGUCUUUAAGACUUUAAGCUCACAGUGUGAACUGGCUGUGGAUGCUGUCCAUAAACAGAGCAAUGGUGAUGGAGGAGGAGGAGGCGAGGAAGGAGGAGGAAGCCAGUCCUCUCAACCCAAGAUCGAAGAUAUCACAGACACCAUGAUCUUUAGCCCCGCCGACCUGGUGACCAUGACCUGCCGCGAUGUCGACCUAAACUUUGCUGUCAGAGACACGUUCACUGACACGUCUAUCAGCGCAACCCGAGUGAACGGGGACCACCGGGAGAAGGUCCUGCAGAGGUGGGAUGGAAACGGAAACGGAGAAAACUUUGAGCUGGAAGCAGACGCGUCUAACGGCUGGGACGCCAACGAGAUGUUCAAGUUUAACGAGGAGACGUACGGCGUCAAGUCCACUUACGACUCCAGCCUCUCCAUGUAUACCAUGCCUUUGGAGAAGGGUACCUCUGAGGGAUUCCGUCAGAGGGAAGCGCGAGCCGCUCGGCUGGCCAAUGAGAUCGAGGGCAGCCUGCAGUACCGCCGGCGCGUUUCUCUGGAGAACGACGAGGGCCGCAGCGAGGAGGACAAAUACAGCUCGGUGGUGAGGGAGAGGGAGGAGAGGGCGAGCCCCGGCUUCAUCCCCACCGGCAGGGAAGGUAAAUACAUUCCCCUCCCUCAGCGGGCCCGAGAGAUCGGAAUGGGCCGGUCCGGGGCCUCUGGGCGCACCGCCCCCCCUUCCUCCUCCAGACACCCCCCGGCCGGCGCCUCCUCCCCCAAACCCCCGUCUGACCGCAGCAGCCCGCUGUCCGUCAGAAACUCCUACUCUCCCCACCAAUCACAGGGCAGCCCACCCGCUGCCGGCAGCCCUCCCUGCACCAAUCACGUCCUCCCGAACUCCCUCUCUCACCCACAGGCCCUCGGUGACAACGCACCGCUCUUCUGUCAACGGAGUGUCUCCGUUCCUUCCAGAACUUCCCCUAAAUCCCAGAGACUCCAGAGCAGGAUCUCGCGCAACCCCAACUCCCAGUCCUCAAGUGCAGUCUCUCGAGCCACGCCCCUCGAUCUCCCAAUGGGCGGCCCUGUUUUCUUGGACUCCAACUCCACCUCCGCUGUCACCAUGGCAACAUCCGGCGCCAAAGCCUCCGGCCCGACCCCGCUGUUCACUGUCGAUGUGAAUGAGAUCCUGAACACAGCAGCUAAAGAGAGAUCUGAAAGUCUGGCUGAAGGGAAGAGCACCAAAGCUCCCUCUGUGCAGCAGAGGAACCAGCUGGAGGAGCUGCGCAAGUUCGGCAAAGAGUUCCGGCUGCAGCCCACCUCCUCCCCAGCAGCGAGCCCAGCCUCUGCAGAUCCUGCUCAGCACGACUCCUCCCCGCCCAAACCUGUUCCCUCCUCUGCCCAGGACCUGCAGCAGACCCCUGAGGCUCCUGCUGGCCCCCAGGCCUCAGGGCCGGAGGGGCCGCAGCCUGGGACCAGCCAGCCGGCCCCCGGCAACGAGGAGAGCUGUUCAGAGAGCGGGGAGCGGCCAGAGGCUGCUACGCAAAUGAAAAUCUCAACAUUGAAUCCAAAUGCAAAAGAAUUUCAACCCAUAAAAGUGAAUAUAGUCCAGAAGCCUGCACCGACCCCCACCCCUCCUCGGCCAACCCCUCCCAGCCCCCUCCUGAUUCUGGCCCCCCAAGGACAGCCAGGGGGAGGCGCCAUCUACAACACCCCCCCGGGACACUACCUGUCCUACAUGUCCCCCCUGCACAUCCAAGGACACCAGAUCCAGGCUCCUCAGAUGUAUCAGUACACCAUCAACCAGGGCAAAUACCCCAGAGCCAAAGGCCCGGUGGUGGGCCAGCGUCCGGAGCACCAUCCCUCCUCCACCUCCCCCAUGAUCUCCGCUGCAGCCUCAGCAGCAGGACCCCCACUGGUGGCCUCACCGUACCCCCAGUCCUACCUGCAGUACGGUCAGAUGAUCCAGACCCUGCCCCCCCAUUUCCACGGACAGCCAGUUUACUCAAUGCUGCCGGGGGGAGCGAGGAUGCUGACAUCAGGGGCCCCCCCUCAGCAGAUGGGGCCUCCUGGGGGCCAGUACCCCGGCCAGGCUGAGAGCCUGCAGGGGCAACAGCAGGCCAUGUAUGCUCAGUCGUUCUCUCACCACUCGGGCGCCAUGCAUCACCCUCAGCCCUCCAGCACCCCCACUGGGAACCAGCCCCCGCCCCAGCACUCAGCCCCCAGUCCAGGACACAAUCAGUCGAGUCAGGCUGGCCCUCAGCCUCAGAACAUGUUCCACACUGGAGGCCUGUCGGCCCCCACCCCUCCUAACAUGCAGCCGGGCCACAGCUCCCCCCAGGCCUCCUACGCCAUGCAAGGCUACAGCCUGCCCACCCACCAGGCUCUGCCCCACGGCUUCCCCUCCAUCAGCCAGCUCACACAGGCUCAUGUAGCAGGAGGCAUGGCGGGCCCCCACCACUCUGCUGGUCACGGCCUGCCGCCCGUCAUGCUGCACUACGUCUCCCCUCAGCAGGGCGGGGGCUCCAACCCCCAGCACGGCCCCCAGCAGGGGGCCCCACAGCACUUCUACAUCGGACACCCCCAAGCUGUCCAGGUGCAGGCUCACCCCUCCCAGCAGCUGUCCUUCCACCCCUCUGCAAACUGAAGCCCUCCCUCACCGCUGGAUUCAGGAGAGGAAGAAGAAACCCCCCCCCCCACCCCAAAAAAAAAUAUCCCCAAGCAACUUGUAACAUUCCCACCUCCUGACACCAAAUUAACACUAUCAUUUUUACCCACCUCAUCUUUUAGACAUGAAGACGUUUCUUGGAUUUUUAAGUGUAAAUACAGACUGUUUUCACUUGGAGCUGGUCUGAAGACGGUAACUGGUGGAAUCAUUUAGACUGACGACAGUGGGAAACAA